AUGGCCAGGGAUAUGGAGAAGACAAAGAGAGAAGUUGAAGGGCACCUGAGCCAUCUGGCCCAGCCACUGGGAGUUGGGGGACCAGCCAUGUCUAGAGGCGGGUCCAGUUCUAGGAAGACACCAUACUCCAGAUCUUCUUCUUCUUCUCGUAGUUCGGGAGGAUCUUCUCGCCCUUUUGUUCAGCCGAGCCAGUCUUCCUCUCAAAAUGGCAUGAGAUGCUAUGGAUGUGACGGUCCACACUACUUAUCUUCAUGUCCCCAGAGGACUAACUUUCGGAGGUGCAACCGAUGCCAUAAGGAGGGCCACUAUGAGCAUGAUUGCCCAAUGGGUAGGGGAGCUACUUCCCAACCACAACAUGCAGGGAGAUCUUGUUAG